CCAAACCGAGUGGUCUUCGAAAGUGUCCAACACGGGUCCAAAGCCUCUGGUCUCACCUCAAAUCGACAGCCGGAACGCGGAGACUACUAUGAAAUGAACCUGCGUGUGAAAAGGGUCUUGUUUUCAUUCUGGGUCUUGUUGACUGUUUGUUUCUCUCUACUUUCUCUCUCUAAAUUCUGUGAAUUUUCCAACAUUUGGUCCAUUUUACUUCUAUUUCUAGUCUGGGUUUUUCUUGUUUAAGCUUAUCUAGAUUGCUAUUGAAUUUUCUUUUCCUUCACACCAUAUUCUGUUUUUCUUUUUAGUUCAACUCAUAUAUAUAUAUUUAUAUAAUACCUUCUCUUAGCAUUUUCUUCAAAUUUGCUGUUUGUUAUAUACAACCCACCAAAUUUCUUUCAUUUCUAUCUGGGUUUACUUUUUCUGUUCUGUUUGGCUGUUUUUAGGCUUCUGGAAUUCAUUAUUUUCUCAUAUUCUGUUAUGUUUUCUUCUUGAUCCCUUGUUUGUCAUCUGGUUUUUUGCUUUUUCCUGGGAAAUUAUUGGCACCUGGGUUUCUUUUCCACGAAUUGAUGAAUUGACAGAAAUAUAGGCACAAUUGUUUUGAUUGAAGUUUUAAAGUUCUAUUGAGUCCUAGACUCUCUGGAGUGUAUUAAUAGCUUCAAAAAUGAAUUGUUUCUGCAUCUUCAAGGAUAAGUCCGACCCUAAGAAGCCAAAACCAGCACCUGAAUUGAAAGACCGAAGUGAAUCGAAUAAUUCGCCGUCUGUCAAGGCUCCAGAGUCAGCAGGUUCACUGCCAUCUACGCCGCGGAGCAUAACGGAGAUGUACAAGGAGAAUGAGCACAAGUUGAGGGUGUUCUCUCUUUCGGAGCUAAGAAAUGCAACUAAUGAUUUCAAUAAAUUGCUGAAGAUUGGCGAAGGCGGUUUCGGGAGGGUAUAUAAAGGCACAAUUAGGCCUGCAGAUGAUCAGGGUGAUUCUAUUGUGGUUGCCAUUAAAAGGCUUAACAAGAAUGGCUUGCAGGGUCAUAAACAAUGGCUUGCAGAAGUUCAGUUUCUUGGCGUUCUUGAGCACCCCAACCUUGUAAAACUUUUAGGAUACUGUUCUGUAGAUGGAAAAAGAGGGAUUCAUCGGUUGUUGGUAUAUGAGUACAUGCCAAAUAAGAGCUUAGAAGAUCAUCUUUUCAACAGGGCUUUGCCUACUCUUCCUUGGAAAACAAGAUUACAAAUUAUUCUCGGAGCUGCUCAAGGAUUAACUUAUUUGCACGAGGGAUUGGAAGUCCAGGUGAUAUAUCGGGACUUCAAAUCUUCAAAUGUGCUCUUGGAUAAGAACUUUAAGCCAAAACUUUCAGACUUUGGACUUGCCAGGGAAGGGCCAACGGGUGAUCAUUCUCAUGUAUCUACAGCAGUGGUUGGGACAUAUGGAUAUGCUGCUCCCGAAUAUGUUGACACCGGCCAUCUCUCCAUCAGGAGUGACAUUUGGAGUUUCGGUGUGGUGCUUUAUGAGAUCCUCACAGGCAGGCGGACAGUGGAAAGAAGCAGUCCAACAACAGAGCAGAAGCUUCUGGAAUGGGUGAAACUCUACCCGGCUGACAGCAAGAGGUUUACCGUGAUAAUUGACCCACGACUCAGAAACCAAUAUUCUCAGAAUGCAGCUCGGAAGAUUGCCAAGUUGGCAGAUAGAUGCCUAAACAAGAAUGCAAAAGAUCGGCCAACAAUAAGCCAGGUGGUGGAGAGCCUGAAGCAAGCAAUAGAGGAAUCGGAUCAGGGAAGUUCCAAGAAAAUGAAUCCGGAGUCAUCCGGAAUUAGUCUGAAUGCCUCAAAUCAGCAUUUGCAUCAGACGAGAGUUUCUGAUUCUGCAAGAAGGGUGGCCAACUUAGCUCAGCCAAAAGAGAGGAGAUAGUUCCAUUGGGAUUAUUGUUAGAAGAAGAAUUUUAAAGAUGACCUAUUUUAUAUCUAAUAAAAUUUCCUUGUGAUCCUUGACAGGUCUAAAUGCUUGAAUAUCACACUAAUAUAUAGUGUGGGCUUUAUAUGAAUUUUGAGGUUUGCCUCUCACAUCCAUGCAUUCCAAGGAAAUACAUUUGCUCUGAACCAGACGUGUUUGAUGAUUAUUUUAGUUUUUGUUUCCUUUAACAAGUCUAAUUUUAUAUAUGGAAGAGGGCAGAAAGAGGAGUAAUAAACACGAACUGAUGCAUUGAAUGGUUGAAACCCUCCAUGCCCUAAAGAGAGAGCUUUUUUACCAUGACUGUAAAUCAUAGAAUUGAAACUUUGUUCUUGAAGUGAAUUGCAAGGUGAAUUCUCUUGCUUUCUGUGGCUAACUUGCACACCAAAUUUUUAUUUUUUCUACCCUUUUUUUGAGAUUUUUUCAUGGGAAUUGAAAUUGAAGAAUACAUUUAUAGAUAUUCCAUUUGUUAGGAAAGGUAUGCAAGGUGUUUCCUUCAGAGAGAGAAGGGAGUAAAAAAAUAUUUGAAUCACAUUCAAUAAUUUUUUUUAUUUAUGAAAAAAAAUACAGUAAUUAUUAAAAGAAAUUUUAUGAAACUAAUUUUUUUUUCUUCAUUCUUUUGCCUUGAAUAUAUAAAAUUUAUCAAACUAAAACAUUUCCAAGCCCCCAGUCCACCUUAAACCUCGAAGCCUGCAACACUCUUUCUCUCUCUCUCUGCAAUAUAUAUAUAUAUAUAUAUAAAUGGAAAAAUCGUUCACUCUAAUUCAAAUAAUUGCCACUGGAGGCGUCUUUUCUGCUGUUUCCUUCUGGUACGGCUUCAUGUUCGGCAGAUAAUCUGCUCGCAAGGAGCUAGGCGAUUUGAUUGAAAAUCUCCGCCGUGGCAAUUCCGACUCUGGUUCUCCACAUUCGUAAUUGGGUUCUUGGAUUAAGGAUUCCAGCAUAAAGUUUGCUGUGAAAAAUGGAUUCUCAACUUUUUUCUUGGAACUGAGUCAGGCCAUGGGAUCUUAUCGCUGAAGGUACUUGGACAAUGAAGAGAUAGACAUGCUAUUAGCAGAUGAUCAUUUUUAAAUCUUGGCAUAUUGACUCUAGGUACUCAACUAUACAGAUUCCUAAAUGUGCUUUCUUGAGAAGAAAAGUAGUUUGAAGGUGAAUGUGUUCCAGAACGAAAAUAUAAUUGUGCUACAAAUGCAUUAAUUUAUACUGUUUUUUGGUGUUUAUCUCUAAGAUUUACAUUUCUUUUCACCUAUGUUGUUAGAUACUCUAAAUUUCUUUGCCAGCCUUUUAUCGUGCUGGUUGUAUGACCCAUUCUUUGGAGGAAAUUAUUGGGGCAACCAAUUUGAUUCAUGUCCAUACAAACCUACAGGGGAAAAGGGUUUGGUUUGUUUGGAGCUCCCAAAUGGUUUUACCUGGUGUCACUCAGGCGUAGUACAAAGUUGUCAUUAUUUAUAUUUUUAACGAAUUUGAAAUGAUACUUUAAGACUGCUGAAAUAGAUGACACAAGACUGCUGAAUUCGAAUUAUAGAUACGGUGGAUAGGAUUUUCACAGAUGGUGGUUAAAUAUGAAAAUAGGUAUCUUCCAGUACUUCAGAGUUUAGAUGACUUGCCUAAGGCAACAUCUUUACAAAAUUCAUGUGUUGGAAGUUGGGAUGGUUGGGUCCGGUAGAUGCUGUUAUAGCGUGGCUGUAUUUUUUAUUAUAAUUUUUUAUGGAACAGUUACAUAAUUAUGUUUUGCAUAGCAUUUGGCCAUCCAAGUUGGCAAUGUAAUGUGGAGACUUUCACAUUGUCAAAAAUUAAAUAGAAAUAGGAAUUUCAAAAUAAUCUUUAUUUGAUUUUGAACAAACACGAAGAACAGAAAAAACGUAUAUAUUACAUGCUACAAAAGGUACAAUAUACUCAUUUUAAUCUUAAAUAAAGCACAAUGUAUUGAUCCAAUCUCUACAGGUUUUCCAGGACUACCAAAAAGCAGGAUUCUAAGAGCAAUGGUGAAUAUUUUUUCUCCAUUCAUGAUGUGGAGGUAGAUAUACGAUCUUUAUUAUUUUCUUGUUUUUAACAACCUUCAGAGCUCAGUGAAUUGUGCGGUUGUGCGAAAUGUAUGGUGUAUAAUUUUUUAUUCUUUUUUUG